CUGAUGAACCCACAAUUCAAGCUGGAGAAACUACAUCUGUAUAGAUGCAGUAUUACAGAGAAACAGAGUCUCAUCCUGACUUCAGCUCUGAAAUCAAACCCGUCACACCUGAGAAAGCUGGACCUGAGCAGGAAUAAUCUAGGAGACUCAGGAGUGAAGCACUUAUGUGCCGUACUGAAGGAUUCACACUGUAAACUGGAGAGAUUGAGGUCAGUCACAUUCACAUACAAGAAUCAAAAUGCUUAAAAUCACUUCAACUGUUUAAACUAGAACACAUUAACAUUAUAUUUGUACAAACAUUUUCACCUUAGUAUUUUGUGAUCUGGUGAAAUAAAGGUGAAGAUCUCUCUUCCUCUGUUUUAUUUGCUGAUGAAGAUGAUGUGACUUUACAGAAUAAAGAGUCU